AAUGGAAUGGGGGAACGCUAUCUGUCUUCUUGAACGCUAUCUGUCUUCUGCUGCAGACUACAGCCGAUUUUGGAAUAGCCGGUGGCCCUGGAACCAGCUUUGCACGCAAUCUGCCCACUGAGUUAAUUUUUCUCUCCAGUUAGGCUAAUUGAACAGGUUAAAUCGACCUAUUCUUGUGAUUUAGAUUUAUUUGCUUUGUUUAAUAUUUUUUAUUAGCCUAUCUGCAUAAUUAUACCCCAGGACCAGAUUUAGUGCAUUUUUUACAGCUAAAGGAAGAAGUGAUGGAUAAAAUAAUGUCCAGGCAUCUCACGGUGAAUCCAAGUUUUCUACCUCCGUCGAAUCACUGCGUACUGAAGUCUCUAUUGGAGAACCCCAUGAAGCUACCCUUCCUCAAACAUGAACACCAAAAUGAAGGGUUUGGGAAGGAGCGAGAGAAGGAGAAGAAUUUGGAUGAGGAGAGGAGUGCCCCACAGUCAGCCUUCCUUGGCCCCACACUGUGGAACAAGACUCUCCCCUACGAUGAGGACAAUUUCCAGCUGGAGUACAUGGAUCUGGACGAGUUCCUGUCGGAAAAUGGCAUUCCGUCUGAUCUCGCCAGCGCCGUCCACCAGCACCAAUCACACCAAUCGCAGUCCCAGCACCAGACGUCAAGUAGGUCACAAGCCCCGACCACACCGUCGCCCUCAGUGAUCGACCUUAGCAGCCAUGCCAGCGCAUCGACGUUGGUACACACAGGCAUGGGCGCACAGAACUGUCUCCGUAGUCUUACCAGAACAGCCCUGCCAUCCAGAAACACUCCCAGCCCCAUCGACCCAGAGUCCAUCCAGGUGCCGAUGAGUUAUGAGCCCGACCCUGCUGACCUGGCCCUGUCCAGUGUACCGGGACAGGAGAUGUUCGACCCCCGCAAAUGCAAGUUUGCCCCCGAGGAGCUCAAACCACAGCCCAUGUUCAAGAAGGCUCGCAAGGUGUUAUUCCCUGAUGACAUGAAGGAUGACAGGUAUUGGGUGAGGCGUAAGAAGAACAACGUGGCUGCCAAGAGGUCACGGGACGCCCGUCGGCUCAAAGAGAACCAGAUCGCCAUCCGAGCGGGUUUCCUGGAGAAAGAGAAUUCAGCACUGAGGAUGGAGGUGGGCGACCUGAGGAGAGAGUUGGGGCGCACCAAAAACAUAGUGGUCAAGUACCAGGCCACACACGGACCUCUGUAAUGGGACUGAGACAGAAUACACUCAAACACAGAUAGCAACUACACACACACACACACAAAAUAUGAGGCUGAGAGGCUGAGCUUACAGCUGUCUGAGACAACCACCCAGUCAAUCCCCCCCCAUUUAUCUCACCCAUGUCUGUCUCUGAUUGGCACUUUAGCGUGAAAGCGGAUAACGUUGUGUAAAGUGUGAGUAUGAAACGGAAUGUGUUUCCUUUAUUUCUGGGCUAUGUGUGUUUUUGAUUUUAUUAUUUUCUUUCUUAUAUACAUUUAUCCACACAUGGCUAAUGUAUUUCAUUUGUUAUUUUCCUUACACAGUGGUUUGUACAUAUUGUCCACGGCGUUUACUGUGGCAUUUCAUUUUUUAUUAAUAUGUAUGUUGAAUGUUAUGUUACCUACCCUUAUCCAACUCCCUCUUGAUCCAUAACAUCUGUUAUCAUCUGUUGAUGAUCUUGUGUCUGUGGUUGCCAUGGUUUUCUAUGGUUUCCAUACUGUAAAUAUGUCAGCUGAGAUGUCUCCGCUGACGUUACCUGUCUCACUUCAUCCAGCUUUCUUUUUAAUCCACCCCCCCCCUUCUUAUGCUUUGACAGAGAUAAGCUGUUUGUAAAGUGUAGAAUCUUGAUGUAAAGAAUGACUGCACUGCUCACACUUUGAAAUCUCUCUAAUGCCUACAUACCGCUAGCCUGGGUACCCAACUGUUUCUCAUUAGGCAACAGCAUAUUAGCUAACGCAGAGACAGACUGGCGUCCAGGCUAGCAUUCUAUGAUGUCAGCUUUGUCAUUUGUUCAUUUCGUUCAUAUGGCAGUGUUCUGACCAGGGAGGUCACCCGUGAUACAAGUCAGUAUUCGACGUCGAUCCAUGUCUGAUGACGUCCAGAGAUGUGGAAAACAGCCACAAGGGGCAACAGUGAGCCCUGUUACUAACAAGUAGGUUUUGGUUUUGCUAAGAUGUUGCGGAUGGGUGUAAGCAUCUGCCUCUGAUUCCAAAGGUUGCAUGUUUGAAUCCAGCGAUAGAAAGAUGUUUUUAUAUUUUGUUUUAUCCCUAACUUAUCCCUAAACUUAACCAUUCAGAGUUAAUGCCUAAACUUAACCUUAAACACUUUGAAAUUUGACGUUUGGAACAACUUGACGUAAGACUGUGAGCUUGUAGGUUUUGACAGUGUUAUUGAUAACUUUGUUAACACAGGUUGUUUCAAGUUACCUGUCACCAGAUCAUUGUUUCACCGUGUUGUACAGACGAACUGUCAGAAGCUAAAGCAAUAAGCCCAUAAAGCAGUAGAGACUUGGUCUCCUAUCUACCAAGCUUACUGUCACAGACACACAUGGAACAACCCUCUUUAUUUCAUUUGUAAUUACUUGUAGUAUUUACAUAUAUUCUGGCAUGUUUUUAUUUCCUCUUCAAGUAUUCAAAUUUGAACAUUAUCAGCGUACAUGCAAUAGACAAUAGCUGUUAUAAUUUUCUUUUACUCUUCCCGAGCAUGACUUUUCUCUGUCAGUGUCCGUAUUAAGACAGCCUCUCAGUCCUGCUCAGAUUGAAAGAAGUCCUACUGAGACUGUCCUAGUAUGGACACUGCACAGAUGCUCUCUGUGACCCAAUGAGAUGAAUGUAACAGAUGUACUACAGUAUAUAACAAACACAGGUUGGUGGGACCUUAAUUGGGGAGAAUGGGCUCGUGGUAAUGAGUGGAAUCAGUGGAAUGGUAUCAAACACACGGUCUGCAGGUGUUUGAUGCCUUUCCAUUUGCUCGGUUUCUGCCAUUAUUAUGAGCCGUCCUCCCCUCAGCAGCCUCCUCUGAUAACAGUCACACAGUACGUUGGGCGAAUUAAUUGUGUUGCCUAUACAGUACGGUGGAAUAUACCCUAAUCACUAUAUCUUUACUACAGACCAAAACAUUUCAGUAUACAAAGGAUAUAUUGAUAUAUUAAAGGUUUUAUUGUUUAUACAAAGAUA